AUGAGCUCCUCUAGGUCUACCUCAUCGGCACGCCGCACCCCAGCACGAGCAGGGUCAACUGCCAGUCGCGCUACGUCACAGUCUACUCAGGGCAUAUCCUCUUCAAAUAGGGUAGCCAGCUCAGCAGCGCAAGAUAGGCGCACAGUGUCUAAUACUUCUCGAGCAUCCUCCAGUACAUCACGGUCAGCAUCCAACGCUGUCAGAAACAGGAGCCUGCCGAGCACAAAUGUCGCGGACAUGUUUCAUGCGAAGUACGGUCGCCUGGACACAGAAUCAGAGCUUGAAAAGCGCAUUAUCAAACAGUUAGAGUCCGAGUUAAUUAAGGUAAAGAAGCAGCAUGAAAAAUCAAUUACUGAAGCAGCCAAUUUACAGCGUUUAUUGGACGAACGUGGAAGGGAACACGACAAGGCGGCAAAGAAGUUCCACAAUCUUCGAAAGCAACUAGAUGACCUUAAUGAUCAGCUUGCACAGACAAAAGACGAAAAAGUGCAAGUUGGAAUGCUUGUAGAGCGACAGAAGGAGCAGACGCUGGCUGCCUCGGGAAACCUGAAUCGGUACCACAUAGCCGUUAAGGAUCUUCAGAAAAAGGUCAAUGAGCUUCAGGAGCAGAGGAAUCUUGCAGAGACUACAAAUCUGGCCAUGAAGCAGGAAAUUAAGAAGCUCAAUUCAGAGACAGCCUCUCUAGAACAGUCUAACGCAGCACUACAACGACAAAUCGACAAACUGAGUGAGUUAAUGUACCUAAAGUUUGAAUAG